CGCUGUCUGUCACCACACCACCGACAGCGUUACCUAGACGUAGGCACCAUGUGGCCAACGACGAUAGCGUUGCUUGCAAUCGGCGCCCACCAUGCGGCGGCUUUUGUGGUGGCCCCCGGCACUGCCCUUGGACGCCAGGGGCCAGCGGCGGCAAGAUCAGCAGCUACGAGAUGCGGCGCAUCUACGGUCGCGAUGAGCGCCACCAAGCUCGUGCCCUUCUCCAAGUACCAGGGACUGGGCAACGAUUUCAUCCUCGUGGACAAUAGAGAGGAAGCGGAGCCAAUGCUCACGGCUGAAGAGUCUGCUAGCUUGUGCGAUAGACGUUACGGCAUCGGCGGAGACGGCGUUAUCUUUGCCCUUCCGGGGUCCGACGACAUGGACUACUCGAUGCGGAUCAUCAACUCAGACGGGUCCGAGCCGGAGAUGUGCGGGAACGGGAUUCGCUGUAUGGCCAGGUUUCUGGCCGACCUGGAGGGGAAGAAGAAGGCCGAGUACAAGAUCCACACGCUGGCGGGUACAAUCAUCCCCUUGGCGCGAGAGGACGGGCUAGUGACGGUGGACAUGGGACCGCCGGAGCUUAACGGGCCCAAGGUGCCCAGCACUCUGCCCACUAAUGACGAUGGGGUUGUGCUGAAGGAGCCGAUCAAGGUGGAUGGCAAGGAUUGGGAGGUCACAUGCGUGAGCAUGGGCAACCCGCACGCCGUUGUCUUCGUUCCGGACGUGGACGCGUUGGACCUGCCGACCAUUGGGCCCCAGUUCGAGACCCAUCCUUCUUUCCCGGCCAAGAUCAACACCGAGUUCGUGCAGGUCUUGAACAGGGGGCACGUGAAGAUGGUGGUCUGGGAGCGGGGAUGCGGCAUCACCCAGGCCUGUGGUACCGGCGCCUGCGCGCUCGUGGUCGCCUCAGUCCUCGCGGGCUUGGCGGACCGCAAGUGCACGGUGACCCUGCCCGGGGGAGACCUGCAGAUCGAAUGGCGGGAGUCGGACGGGAAGGUGUACAUGACGGGGCCGGCGGAGCUGGCUUUUCAGGGAGACGCCGUGGUGCGGUGACACCUUGGUUUCUUCUUGUUCUAGGUCGAAGCGAAAUUUUGGCGGUUGCGGGAGGGCUAGGUUGUGAAGGUUUUGAUUAAUGCUGCGAGCCGCAGUAGUUGGAAAGAACUCGGGAGCGUUUGUUGGAAGUUGGGGGAAGGGGAUCUGGUGUGUGUGUGUAUCGAUCCGACGCAUGUUGGACAUUUCACCGGGAGUGUUGAAGGUGUUAGGUGGGUUGAUGGAAAUCAGUGUGCGGUGACGCUUGUGGAUGGUUUUGAAGGCGUGUUUUUUGUUGGCUGCCCUUCGAAACAGCCUUCCAGAAUUGACUCCGUCGUCUUGGCGGCGGGGGAUGGAGAUCUGCGCCAAACUUCGCAGAAGCAAUGUUUGCCAAAGUUUUUGUGCUGACAUGACGCACGCGAAACAUGUGCAGGGGGGGUGUACUCAUGGUC